CUGUGGAGUUUCCUGUGGAAGAAGAAAAAAGAGAGAAAAACCCCUAGUGCGUCUUAUUAAACACAGUUCACGUGAGACUGAAUGGAGCUAUAACGUACAUGCAUAUGUCAGAUCAUAUUUCUUCAUGCACUGGAUGCUUAUUCUCUGGAUUAGACUCAAACAUCUGGAUUUUAUAUCGUCCGGCUCAGGGUGAAGUUUUCGUUUUUCCGCAAUGUCCCGAAGCUCGGACCCGUUACCGAAAGCACGGCAGGAGAGAAUGAAAGACACUAAUACAAAGAAUAAGGAGAAGGAGCGGAUGAAGGCGCGUGAGAAGGAGACGAAGGAGCGCGAGUCUCGGUUCAGCAACGGACACCUGUUCACGUCCCUCAGUGUGUCGGCCACCACUCUCUGCUCCGCCUGCAACAAGAGCAUCACCGCCAAAGAAGCGCUCAGCUGCCCCACCUGCAACGUGACGAUACACAACCGCUGCCGAGACACACUGGCCAACUGUGCCAAGAUGAAGCAGAAGCAACAGCGGCUGGCGACUCUCCACACGGUGGCGCUGCGCAGCAAGAACCCGAUCCUGAAGGAGCGGCCGAGCUCCGCCAUCUACGCCUCCGAGACGCUCCGCCAGUCCUUCCUCGGCGCGCGCAGGGGUCGCUCCACGCUCGCCCUCAACAAGAGCGUCUCCACCAACAACAUCGCGGGAAGUCUGAGUGACGACUCUCCGCUCGGCCUGAGGCGGAUCCUCUCUCACUCCACAGACUCGCUGAACUUCAGGAACAGAGCCAUGUCCAUGGAGUCCCUCAACGAUGAAGGAGAGCUGUACUACGCCUCGUUGCUGGAGGAGCUGGAGCGGGACGGGAAGGACUUCGAGGUGGACUCCUGGAGUAUGGCUGUGGACUCCUCGUACCUGCAGUCGCAGCGCAAAGACGUCAUCAAGAGGCAAGACGUCAUUUACGAGCUGAUCCAGACGGAGCUGAACCACGUGCGGACGCUGCGCAUCAUGGACGGGGUGUUCCGCAGAGGCAUGAUGGAGGAGGUGCUGAUGGAGACGGGUGUAGUGAACGCCAUCUUCCCCUGCCUGGACCAGCUCCUGUCCAUCCACUCCAGCUUCCUGAGCCAGCUCCUGCAGAGGAGGAACCACAGCCUGGCUCCCAGUAGCACUCGCAACUUCACCAUACAGCGGCUGGGAGACAUACUGGUGGACCAGUUCUCAGGUCAGAACGCAGAAGAGAUGAGGAAGUGUUAUGUUGAGUUCUGCAGUCGGCACCUGAAAGCAGUGAAACUCUACAAGGAGCUGCUGGCCCGGGACAAGCGCUUCCAGCAGUUCAUUCGGCGUGUGAGCAGAGGUUCUCUACUGCGCCGCCACGGAGUGCAGGAGUGCAUCUUACUGGUCACGCAGCGCAUCACUAAAUACCCCGUGCUCAUCCAGCGCAUACUGGACAACACUAAAGGGAGUGAAGAGGAGAGUAAGUCUCUGGCUCAGUCUCUGGCUCUGAUCCGGGAGCUGUUGUGUUCGGUGGAUCAGCAGGUUCAGGAGUUAGAGCGAGCUCAGCGUCUGCAGGAGAUCCAGUCGCGUAUGGACCCGCGGGCCGAGACUAAAGUGAAGGGUGGAGGAGUGUUUCGUGGAGGAGAGCUUCUGCGGCGCGGGCUCAUUCAUGAGGGAUCGCUGCUGUGGAAGACUGCGCAGGGAUCCAGACUCAAAGAUGUGCAAGUUUUGUUAAUGACGGACAUCCUGGUGUUCAUGCAAGAAAAAGACCAGAAGUUUAUUUUCCCCUGUCUGGACAAGCCAUCAGUGCUGUGCCUUCAGAACCUGAUUGUGAGACAUAUAGCCAAUCAGGAGCGAGGAAUGUUCCUCAUCAGCCACUCCACGCCUCCAGAGAUGUACGAGCUCCACGCCGCCUCCAAAGAAGACAGAAACACCUGGAUGAAGAUCAUUCAGCAGACAGUGAGCAACUGUCCUUCACGAGAGGAUUUCCCUCUGAUUGAGACUGAGGACAAAGCUUUGCUGCGCAGACUCAGAGCUGAUAUCCAGCAGAAGGACCGUGAGGUUCUGGAGCUGUUACAGGAGCGCGUGACGCUCUUCUCUGACUUGGCUGAGGUCACCGGAGGUCACACUGUUACCGUUCCCACAAACUCCAGGAAUAUAUUCAGAGCAGAGACUCCCUCGGCUCCUCAGGCGGAGCGGCUGCUGAAUCAAGCCAUUGUUGAGGUGGACAGGCUGAGUGAAGUGCUGUUGGCUUCAUGCAUUGACCGGCCACAGUCCUGCAGACUCAAUGGUGAACCCACAGAGGUACAAUUCACCUCCAAAACAACAGCUGAAGGAACGAUAUCAGUGAACGGGACUCAUGAAGUAAACGGUCCAUCUAACAAGGACAGGAAUGGGAACCAGCUGCAGGACAGGACUUUCAGCGAGGAGGUGUGUCAGAGACUGGUGAACCUCAGCACUCAACUACACGCUCUACAGGCUGCGGUGAUCCGGCAGGACUCGUUCCUGGAGGUGUACUUGCAGAAGGACUCGAGCGUGUCCCAUGAGCCUCUGCUAGAGCCGGCCGGGCCCGAGAUGACCGAGCUACAGCGCAAAUACAACCUCCUGCAAGGAGAAGUGAUGCGACUCCGGGCCGCCCAGAACCAGACGAGCAACGGAGCGCCGGUUCAGAAACAGGAGCCGAAGAAAGCCCAGGACACAGUGGAUCAGUCGGACCCGGCGGACGACGGCAAGAAGGCCAUGCCUCCUCGAGCGGACAAUCUGCAGGAUAUUCCUGAGGAGAGCGAGUGUGGGACCGAAGCUCACAGUUAACAUCAGCUCGCUCGCUCAAUCACACACUCACACUCACUGUCAAUCACACACUCAAUCACACACUCACACUCGCUGUCAAUCACACACU